AUGGCUGCCCUCAGCUUUAGCCCCUCACCACCGCCGCAGACAGCAGCCAAGUCCACUGCCGCCAGCUCGUCCGCCUCCAAGGAAAAUAGCAUCCAGCCACUGGGGUCCAGCAAGCCAUUCGGCAAGAUCACCGUCCAUAAUGUGCUCAGCGAGAGCGGGGCCAAUGCCCUGCAGCAGCACAUUGCCAACCAGAACACGAUCAUCCGCAAGAUCCGCGACUUUGGAAUGCUUGGAGCGGUCCAGAGUGCCGCCGCCUCCGCCACAACCAACUCGGGAACCUUGGGCCAACGCAAGCGACCCCUGGGGGAGUCCAAACAGAACUCUCAGAACUCCCAGAACAGUCUGAAUAGUCUGAUCACCCCGAGCAAACCGCCGGCAACGACAACUGGCAAUGCCAAGCGCAGCAAGCUGAGCAAGAAGAGCCAGGAGAAGGCGGCCAAGACGGCGAGCAGCCACACACCGGCCACGGCCAAGCUGGAACCCACUGUUGCGUCCGCGUCUCCGUCCCUGGAGCUGGACGCCAAGGCGGCUGGUACGCCCGGACGCAAGGGCCUGCCGAUGCCACAGGCGGUGGCGCGACGCAAUGCACGGGAACGGAACCGCGUCAAGCAGGUCAACAAUGGUUUCGCUUUGCUCCGGGAGCGCAUACCCGAGGAGGUAUCCGAGGCUUUUGAGGCCCAGGGUGCUGGCCGGGGGGCCAGCAAGAAGCUGUCCAAGGUGGAGACACUGCGCAUGGCCGUGGAGUACAUCCGGAGUCUGGAGAAGCAGCUGGGCUUCGAUUUUCCGCCCCUGGGCUGCCAUGCCAACAGCUCGAGCAGCGGAGACGACAGCUUCAUGUUCAUCAAGGAUGAGUUUGAUGGUCUGGACGAGCACUUUGAUGACUCCCUGAGCAACUACGAAAUGGAGGAGGCUGCCGCAGGAGCAGUAGCCACCAGCCAGCAGCAGCACGAGCAGACAGAGCACCCACCAGGACAUCAGGACACCAACACGGACCUGCUACCCAGUCUAACGACACUGAAUGGGCUGCAGUACUUGCGGAUACCGGGGACCAACACCUACCAGCUGGUGACCCCGAACAUGCUGGGCAGCAGCUCCAGCCUGGACGAGGAGCAUUUCGGUGCCUUAAUUGACACAAAUUGCCUGAGCAGCAAUGCCAGUCCCGAUCCCGAUCCCCCUGCUGCCAUGGCACUGCCUGCGAUUGCAGCUGCACAAAGCGGUUCGACCUUAUCGCGAUCGCCCGUGCCACCAUCACCAGCAGCGGCAGCAACCGAGGCAGCGACAGGGGCAGCCACAAGCACAAGCAGUCCCUGCACAUCCCCAACACAGCGAGGCAGUUCAUCAAUGGCUCAACCACCGAGCUGCAUUGGGCCCGAGACAGUUCUGGUUUCACCUGUCGCCGUUGCUAAUGAACUCCUGUUGCAGGCGUGUGCCGCCCAGCUGCAGCAGCAACUGAUCAAACAGGAAUACGCCAACAGCAGGGCCAGCACGAACACCAACACCAACACCAACAGCAAUGCCAAUGCCAAUGCCAAUGGAAGUUCUCCGACAACAUCCCUGAACUAUUCACAGGACCAGGCCCAAAUGCUGUGCUCCCCCCUCCUGCCCGCCUUCUACGAUCAGGAGCCCGUUAGCUUCUACGACAAUGUGGUGGUGGGGCUGCCCAGUUUCAAGAAGGAAUUCAACGAAAUGCUCCACCAGGAGCAAACGGGAGCCACGGCAGUAGGAUCAGUCGGAUCAGUCGGAGUCGGGGGCUGUCUCUCCGACGAGAGCAUGAUCGAUGCCAUCGACUGGUGGGAGGCGCAUACACCUAAAUCGGAGACGGGACCGGCAUCCAACUCCAACGACACAUCAGCAGUGCUCAUGUGA